CUGCACUGGAUUGGCGGGGGCGGGCUUGACCGGGCCGCAUCAGCUGUUACGAUGAUAGGUUGAUUAUUCUGUCAAACGUUUCAAAUGGCUUGAAAGUUGAAAGAAUCACAACGAUGAGAAUACAUAACAAUAAAUUUGAAAUCCUUGUUGUGAUUUGAUGGCACAUAAUAACGCAGUAUGCAACUGUCGUUACCGUUUUCGCAGCUACCGAAGUAAAACGACGGUAAACAACGAUAAACGAUUGAAUCAUAUUUGUAUCUUGAGUCGAUCGUCGAACUUUGAGCGUAAAAAGCCUAGCGUUGCUCAAAAGGAUGUUACCGUAGUUGUCAGGAUAUAUAAGUUUCUUUUGCCUCUCUUCCCCGCCCCUGAUAUUAUCCGUGAUAUUUUUCAUCCGCUGUAUUAUUCGUAUGGUACUCUUGGAAGCAACACAGGAUUACCCUAGUUCGUUGACAGGACAUGCUUGAGAGUGUUCUCAACACGUUCAAUUACACCGAGUCUUUAUCAUCUGCGAUAACGAGUCUUUUAUGUGAUAUGACUUGAUUAUCAUUAAUUUGUUCCAGACUAUGAAUGGGAAAGUCAUGGACUAUAAUAGAAAUGAAUCAUAAAAAGAGUCGUUAUAUUCUACUCGAGUAUUCUUCUAAUCUUUAAGUAAUAUAUGAGCUUGUGUAAAAAUUAACAAAAAUAUUAUAAAUUGAAUGAAUAAAACAAAAAAUGAUACUACUAUCCUGUGGAUAAGUUUAUACGAGUACCAGAAGAUAAAGACUUUGAGAAAUUGAAGCAACUGUAUGAUGAUAAUAAUGACUGGAAAUUAGAUUAUAACAAGCCUGAUCUAUCUGUUUGGACAAAAUCUGUCCCAGGAAUUAGUUUUAGAAUGGUGAAAAUUAGAACACGUUUCCCCGAUGUUUCACCAGAAACACUGUACGACGUUUUACACGAUCCUGAAUAUAGAAAAGUUUGGGAUACUCAUAUGAUUGAAUCGAAAGAUAUAGGAUUUUUUAAUCCAAACAACGAUAUUGGGUAUUACUCUAUGGCAUGCCCAUCUCCAUUAAAAAAUAGAGACUUUGUCUUGCAACGAUCUUGGUUAGACACAGGUAUAGAGCAAUUAAUAUUGAAUCAUUCUGUUUAUCACAAAGAUUAUCCACCUAGAAAACACUUUGUACGAGCAACAUCUUACCUCACAGGCUAUAUUGUAAGGCCAUCGCGCAAUGGAGACGGUUCCGAGUUGGGUUACGUUUCGCAUACAGAUCCACAUGGAAAAUUACCUGUGUGGCUUGUUAAUAAAGUUACACAAAUAUUUGCCCCUAAAAUGGUAAAAAGAUUGCACAAAGCCUCUGUGGGCUAUUCAAGCUGGAAAUUACUUAAUAAUCCAAAUUAUAAGCCUUGGCAUUACCCUGAACAAAUAAUGGCACCUAGAAUACGUAUCGAAGAAUGUGUAAAAUCUGCAGAAGAGAAGAAUUCAAAAUAUAAUUAUGUAGAUGAAUCUGAAUUAAAGGAAAGUUUGGUUAAAGAAUCUACCGCAAUGGAUAGCGAUUAAUUCAUAGCGAUACAAUAGAGAAACAAAGAUUUUUAGCACUGAAGAAUUUAAUGUAACAACUAAAAAGAUUUAGUAAAAAGUUUUCAUGUGUUCUAAAAAUCAGAAGAUUUGGUUAGUAUUUUCAUGUCAACGACACGAUGAAAGCAUAUUGUUUGUAAAAAAGAACAUGUUUGUAAAAAAGAGACACAUUUUGUUCUAUACAUAGAUACUUAAAUUACAUUAAAAUUGUAAUUUAAGUAAUGUAAAACAAACAAGUAGAUUAAUAUCAACAACAGUUGAAUAUACACAUAAGCAUGACUCGACUGAUUCUUUUUGCCAUUAUAAAUAAUUUUUAUUUGCAAUAUUUUAAAUUUUUUUAGCGGAAGUAUUUCCAUUAUAUUGUGUACGAACAAAUACGAGAGAUAUAAAUGAUAAAUAGUUUUACAUUUCUCUCACAGUUUACGAAUUCUUCUGUUUACGAAGAAUAUACUCUUGUAAGAUUUGGUUCAAACUUGAACAGCGUAUUAAAAAAGGAAAAGGAAAAAAAGUGCGUGAAAGUGUGUUUCCACCGAUAUUGCAGAGUUAAAAAAUUCGGACAAAUCAGAUUUGAAAAAUACAAAUAAGAGAGAAAAAUUAUACGCUCGUCAAGUUUGAAACAAACAACUUUACGAAAUAUUUUAUACGGUAUAUACAUUCCAUGUACAUAAAUAAAUAUGUAUCAAUUGAUUAACUAUUAACUAAUAACGAGAUGGCCUAGAAAUUUGGAUAGUUUAUCGACAAUUUAGAAACUUGUUACAUCAAAUCAAUCUUAAUUUACAUUUCUUUCUGAUUUGCGAAAAAUAUAAAAUAAUGUUAUUUAUA